AUGAAGUUUGAAUUGCAUACUAUUGAAUGGCGCAGAGCUAUAUUAAAAACUUUUAAAGAUUUGAUGAGAAGCACAACUAUAAAUGGAUGUAUACAUAUAGUCGAAAAUGGAAGACAUUGGACGGAAAGAAUUAUGUGGCUGAUUGUUAGUUCUUUGGCAAUUGCUGGUGUGGUGUACUUUGUUUUGCAAAUUUGGGUCGAUUUUGUUGCAAAACCUACGGCAACGACCAUAGAGAGCACACAGUACCCUAUUUGGGAAGUGCCCUUUCCUGCUAUUGCUAUUUGUCCCGUCAACAAAAUUAGUAAAAAGAAAGCUGAAGCAUAUGCAGAAAAAUUGGCUAAUCUAGCUGGUUUAAAACAAGCACAAAUGUUAGAAUUGGUGCAUUUGAUGGGUCGAAUAUACGACCACGAUAUCGAAGGACAAGAACAAUUCACAACCCUCCAAAAUAUUUUGGAUACCUAUGAUGUCAACAACGCUACUGGGAUGUAUGAUAUUUCUGAACACAUGAUACAGCUGUCACCUCAAUGUGAAGAUAUGCUAAGUGAUUGCUCCUGGGAUGGAUAUUCUGAGCUUUGCGGAGCUCUAUUCAGCAUGAGACCUACUAUGGAAGGCCUCUGUUGUACUUUCAAUUAUGUUAGAGGAUUGAAUAUGACGGAAAAAUUUAUCGAUACCCCAGGUCCAGGGCAUGGACUCAUCGUCACAGCUUAUCCUGAUUUGGAAGAUUAUUAUUAUCCAAUAAUGAACACAGAAGGGUUUACGAUACACAUAUUCAGCCCAAAUGACUACCCGGACAUGCCCAGCGGCGGGUUAACGCAAAAAAUCGUUGCACCGGACACGGAAGUAUUUUUGCGUAUUGAUGCAAGUACGGUCAAAAGCGUUCCGGAUGUUGCACAUUUUAGUACUCAACAGAAAGGUUGCAUAUACCAAGAUGAAUCAGUUUACAGCUACAGCAAUUGCCUUGUUAUGUGUCGCGUUAGAAGUAUAUUUGCAUUAUGUGGCUGCAAACUGUUUUAUUUACCUGACGACCGAGACGAGGUACCACAGCCAAUUAAUUGUACAUUGCAACAUAUUCAAUGUCUGAAUAAAUACAUGGGCAAGUUGAAAUGGCGCACACUUAAACCAAGAACGGAUGGUAUACCAGGAUUAGAACAUGAGGAAGAAGAUAGUUUGAAUUGUCCAGAAUGCUGGCCACAAUGUUCAUCUACGUCUUAUUUAGUGCAGGGCACUUGGGCACCAAUGAUACCAGACAUUUUGGAUAAUGGCACAGAUCCUAGCAGUAUCAAACAGAACAAAAGUUUAAUUCGAGUAUUCUAUGGAUCUUCAAGUACCAUGCUUUACCGUAAGGACGUUUUAUAUUAUUGGUAUGAAAUUGUAAGCAACUUUGGAGGAAUUUGUAGUUUAUUUGUUGGAUUCUCACUAAUGAGUGUUGUUGAAGUGCUAUAUUUUUUCACAGUUCGAUUAUGUGAAAAUCUAGUACAUGAUAUAAAAGAGACACAUAAAGCGCAUGAAAACAUAAAAAAUCAU